AAGGGGACGCCCCCUGAGCUGGUCGUUGGAGUUCACUAGUCACGACCACAGUGCUGUGUGCCCGGAGCAGCAUAGCGAGCCUGUCUGGUCAUCGCACUUGGUCCUCCUGACUGCACAUAGAGAGGACUCAAGCUGGCAUCUCUAGCCUGGCAGCUCUGGGCACCGGAUUUCCUCUGCAGCGCCCGUCACCUGGCCGUGGCAGUGUUUGUUUACAAGUCUGCCUCCUCGGUUGAAACAUUGCCAGUCGUGAUUAUCUCCCGGUCCCUGGACCCACCGCGCACAGGGUUCACAGCUGGUGAAUGGCAGUUUCUACUUCCGUUCCCACGUUCUUUGACUGUAGCCGGCCCCUCGGAACUGGUAACAAUAGUUGCCAAUUCCUGAGCUGUCUCGCGAGCCAUACCCUGUACUUGAGCUGUGACCCUUUUAGCCCUCAAAAUCAGCUGGGAAGUAGCUGGUAUUAGUACCUUCUCUAAUGCAGAAGAACAUAAGUUCAGAAAAGCUAAACAACAACAAAAAAACCCUGUAUCUUAGGCUUUCCAAUUGCAGAACCCGUGCAUAUAUUCUUGAAGAAACCUCGCAUAAUAAAAUUUGGGACUAAAGGUUGAAAUGAUUCUUAUCUCUGUGCAAACAACGAUGUAUGUGUGAAAGUGCCUUUCACUAUGCUUGAGCACUUCGGCACCCAGUAAAUACUGAUUAACCUCAUUAUUUACCUCCUUUGAGUCCUUGAAGAAAGUCCUUCUGGAAAAUCCAUUGCCUUAAAGGAAGUCACCUGCCCCUGUGGAGCCCCAGGGAACGUACCUCUUCCAGGCUCAUUUCACUGAGAUUUACCAACAGCAUGAAUCAAGAAAAGUUAGCCAAACUUCAGGCUCAGGUCCGGAUAGGGGGCAAGGGUACAGCUCGUAGGAAGAAGAAGGUAGUACACAGAACAGCUACAGCUGAUGACAAAAAGCUUCAGAGUUCUCUCAAAAAACUGGCUGUGAAUAAUAUAGCUGGUAUUGAAGAGGUGAACAUGAUAAAAGAUGAUGGGACCGUUAUUCAUUUCAACAAUCCCAAAGUCCAAGCUUCCCUCUCAGCUAACACCUUUGCAAUUACUGGUCAUGCAGAAGCCAAGCCAAUCACAGAAAUGCUUCCUGGAAUAUUAAGUCAGCUUGGUGCCGACAGCCUAACAAGCCUUAGGAAAUUAGCUGAACAGUUCCCACGGCAAGUGUUGGAUAGCAAAACACCAAAAGCAGAAGACAUUGAUGAGGAAGAUGAUGAUGUUCCAGAUCUUGUAGAAAAUUUUGAUGAAGCAUCUAAGAAUGAAGCUAACUGAAUUAAUUUUUGGAGUUUGGAAGCUAGCAUGGACUAGAUUUAACAAAUCGCUAUGUGGUUCCAAAGUUUUACCAACAGAGAAGAUCACUUGUUACUAGUUCAGUAAUAUAAAUAUUUUGUAUAUGAAUAAUGCUGUUUGUUCAGCAUUGUUUGGUCAUUUGAUUUUGCAUUUUGCACUCCCAGGAUCUAUUAUUUUGGUCAAAAUAUGAAGUACUGGUACAGUUUGAGGGUAUUUUGGGUUUUGACUUGUGGGGAUUUUUUGCCCUUUUCCCCCAUUCCCCAGUUUAUUUUUUUGGUGGUGUUGGGGUAUUUUUGGUUAUAUAUGUGAAUGUAUGUGUGUGGGUAUGUUUGUAUUCAUUGGAGACCAAAUUGGAAAACAGUUCUGUUUAUUCACCUUCUUCCCGCAGUAGAAAUAAAACAAAUCUUUGCAUUCGUUCCCCAAUUUUUUCCCCCUAAUCACAGAAUUAAUGAAAAGUACCUUGAAUUUAAAAUCUGAAGAGAUGUGGGAGCUUUGUUUUUAACUUGUUUGGUUAACUGUCAUCUUUUAUUCUUUGGGUUUAAAAUGUCUGGAGAUUUUUUUGCCACCAGCUUCAUGUUAGGGUAACUAGUAGCAUAUUUUUGGUAUGAUUGGCUUAGAUAUACUUACCUAGUCAGAAAAAGUUCAUUCACUAGCUUUCUUCCUAAACAUCUUUUCCCUCUCCUUUAAUCAUUAAGUGGCUUAGUAAGCCUUUUUUGCAGUGCUGUUCCUAUCCUUGAUCUAGCUUGAGAGGGUGUUCUCCACGUAAUGUGGAGUACCUAAUGACUUUAUGGUAAGAUUUUGUUCCCUCAGCUUGAGAAACAACAGCUCCAUCUUGAACUUGUAUUUCCCCCCUGAUUUUACAGUUUGGUAGUUUUCAAACUGGAAUCUGUAGCAUGUGCUUCCUACGUAAUUUCAUACCAGCCUUAUUAUCCUAGCUGUUUUUAACAGCAGGUGUAAAAAUGCCUCUUUUCAGUAAAGUUGGGGUUGGGGAUGUCCUUGAAAUCAGGAGAAAAUAGGCCAUAGACUCAUUCCUCCCCCCACACACACCACAUGGGCAUUCUUAAGAAAUGGUACUGGCCCCAGGAGGAAUUCUUGAGUCACCCUCCUGCUUGUGGCCUUGAACCUACCUCUGAGUUGGAUCUUGGUAUUGUAGCUGCUCCUGACACCCUCCUGCAUGCUCUGAAUAAUGCUUUGGGGGGAGCACUGAUGAAACAUGGUAUUUAUUUUUCACCUCCUUUCAGAAGACUUGGGGGUAAGUUGCAUUCAUUCACUCCAAGUUUCCCUCUGGCUGUCUGAUAAAAGCUUGCAUUUUACUCUUUCAGCAUUUGUUAGAGCUAAUAUUUAAGGAUAAGAUUUAGAAAAUCUGUUAUUUCCUGGCCCACCAUCCAACUACAGCUUAACCUUACAGCAUAUUAACCUUUGUUUCAAGGUAGAUAUUUUUAUGUGAUACCUAAAGUGCAAGACCAGUAACAUGUUGUAGAUAUUAACACAGAUGCUUGUUUCUUCAUCUGAACACCUCAGUUUAUCUUAUAAAGUUGUUAUUUUUCCUGUUGUGUUUUAUACAAUAUAUGGACCUGACAAAAUAAAAUAAUAGUAAUAAAAUCA